AUGUUUUCUUUCCGCCUUCUCGCUUCUCUGAUCUUGGCAUCGUUAGCUGCAUAUGCUUCAACGUCCUACUGCGGUCAAUCCGCAGUGCCUUUCACUUUCCAGAGUCUGCGAUCUGGGAACCCAGUAUUAGGAUGUGCCAGACCGCGAUGCUUCGGGUGGAACAAAAACGGAACAAGAGCAGAGGAUACUGCUCAAUUUUAUCGGAUUAAUGGUAAAGAAGAUGGAUAUUUACGCAGAUCAGAUCAGCUUGUUAGACCUAGCAACCUCAUCAGUGAAGAACCUCAAACCGCGCAAUGCUCAGAACACCACCGAUCGACUGGUUGUGGAGAAGGAGAAUGGAUUGGAGGCAUAUCGCCACAAACCAAUGCGUACAAGCCUGAAUUACCAGUGCGAUGCUGUUCCUAUGCACCAUUGGCAGAUUCCGAAGAUAGAGGAAUCGCUCCUAUUCAACAGGGACAAAUUUUCAUCGGCGGAGAGGUCAUCGAAAACGAUCGCUUGGUUGCAUUCGACUACAUAUCUAACAUAAAGAAAAAUGUAUUCCAGAACGGAACAAUCGAGUAUUCUGUAUACGUCAGACGGUUCCUGUGUAGUGACAGUUCGGAGGCUGAAGAUCUAACAGUUUCGAACAGUGCUGUUCUCAGAAAUUUAGAUGGAGACGUCGAAGUCAAGUCUAAAGAAGGAAAACCCAAAACCGUUGCUUUUGGAGUACCUAACACUGCUCAAGCUGCUGCUGCUGCCCCUAACAACGCUGCUUACAACUCUCCAAGUUCUCAAGCUUACUCACAACCUCAAUUGCUUCAAGCUGUAUUCCCACAAGUUCAGUUCCCCCAAGCACAAUUCUCUCAACCUUACCUGGGCUAUCAACAGCCUCAAUAUAACUAUCAACAACAACAACAACAACAACAACAGUUCGGCAACCAGGAAAUGAAUGUGAACCAACCUAGUUCGGAUUUAGGCGGUUCGCAGACAACCAAGAAUGUUGAUGCUUUACCUAAAGCCCCAAACAGUGGAAUUCUGGAUCUUACUCAAUUGGGUAUAACACCCUUGCCAACACUCCCACCAAUGACACUCCCAGCAUUGGAAGAUUUGCCCAAACUCGAAAUUCCAUCUGUAGAAGAUGUGGAAAACGUUAUCCCUCCUAUGCAGAAAGCUAUACUCACGAACAUUGCCAAGUUCUUCGGAGUAUUGUGA